AUGGUUCCCGCCCCUAAACAACAUGUAUGUAACCCUAGAUCUCUAACCUUGGCCUGCCUCUCCGUCAAUGUCGCGGCAGCACAAACGCUCCCCUACAUCCCGACGAGCAUAUUCUUACCUGCCCCGAAACCUGGCGUCGCCGAGGACAAUGCCACAGGAGGAGUUGCCUACAUCUUUUCUCCUCGACGUGAUUCUGUCGACUUGCUAUCACUCGACAUUUCUGCCACUUUGGUAGCUUCAUCGCUUUCUUUCAACACUCUCUCGUCAGGUUUACCAUUCUUAGAAGGUGAAAGCACGGCUUUCGUCCCUUCCCUUGCCGACAAUGGGUCACUGCUCGUAUAUGCGGGAAACUGUUCGACCUCCAGCGGCUCUACUAUCUGGUCUUUCAAUCCCUCGGCUUCAGACACUACAUCAACCGCAUGGAACCAGGAGGACAUCCAACUCGCCAAAAAUGCCAAAUCUCUUACCAUAGGUCCUGGAUUUUUAGGCGCCAGCUUCAGCUUCUCAACUAUGCUAGAGCCAGAGACAUCACCCGCUGAUAUCUUCGUCUAUGGUGGCAUGUGCCCAAACAACGACACAGAUGCAACCAGCAAUUCGCAAUCACAGGCUACUUACUCUAACCAGAUGGUCAAGAUCUCCAUGGCUCAAUCAAGCGGCUAUACGGUCGAGCCUGUGCAGAGUAGCGGCCCGCCCGUUCCCGAAGCUGGCUUUACAUUCACCGGUUUAGCGCCGUCGUUUUCUAAUCGAUCCGGCAUUACCACACAACAAAUCAACUAUGUCUUGCUGGGCGGGCACACGCAGUAUGCAUUCAUCAACAUGAGCACGGUAGCAAUAUGGAGUCUUCCACAAGAGAGCUGGAGUUUCGUAUCGGAUGUAUACAUGAUGGGAUCUGGCUCCUCGAGCAACGAAUUGGCAUUGAAGACUACGGCGGAGAGUGUCGACAGUCGAUCAGGGCACACGGCUGUUUUGAAUGGGGAUGGGACUGCUCUGAUUGUUUACGGAGGCUGGGUCGGUGACCUCACCCAGGCUGCAUAUCCUCAGCUCGCCGUUCUACAGAUCGGGUCAGAAUAUGGUGGCGAAGGGGAAUGGCAGUGGUCGAUUCCUGAUUCACAGCCUCCAGGCGAUGGAAUUUACGGUCAUGGUGCUGCAUUGUUACCUGGAAACGUGAUGAUGAUCUAUGGAGGUCACGCUAUUUCUUCAUCCGGUGCCAACGAGAAGCGACAGACUACUGGCAACACUGCAUCAUUCCUCAACCUCACCUCGAUGACAUGGUCCGAUGAUUACACCAACCCCUCGUACACCAGGGACUCUUCAGAGGGAAGUGCGCCAGGCCUAGGAAGCGGCCAGAAACAGAAACUCGGUCUGGGACUAGGUCUCGGUCUCGGUCUUGGACUCGGACUUAUUUUCAUUGUGCUCGCGAUUCUCUUAUUCUUUUGCUAUCGCAAGAGGAAACGAAGUGGACGAACAGUCCGGGAUUCCCACCUCCGUUCCCUCGCGCAAGACAAUUCUCGCUUUCUGGGCCAAGAUGACUUAGCAGGAGAAUAUGAAAAUGACACCAACUGGUAUAUGGGCGGCCCUGAUCCCUACCAGCGUGGAGGUCGAUCCCUCGGCUACCACAGCUUACAGACUGGGCGAACAAGCAUGGAUAACAGUCGCCAUGACUGGUUCGGAGACAUGCCUCCAGUUCCGCCGCCAAUGAAACAGAUAAAUCGGAAACCAAGAAACGUGGGCGGCAUGAACCCCAUAUUCGAAGCCGACGAAGACGGAACCGGAGACAUCGGUGAGGAAGCGAUGAGCCCCGUUCGUGACGGACGACGCGAUAGUGGCGCGUAUUCCGAUCCUUUCCUAACGCCGACCCGAGAACGCCCAAUCUCAUUCCCGCCACCAACACGCACCUCUCAAACUCCUAGUCCCGAAGAACGGGUUCGCGCUUCUGUUACAGAUCCUGAUGUGCAAGACUGGAUGACCGACGUAGAUGCCGCAGAUGCACUGCUGAGCGGCCGUGCCAAUGCACCGAAGAGUACUGCUGCCACGGCAGGCGGUCCCGGACGAACAUCUCCAUCACGCCGUGGUUUCAAUAUCGCCGGCGAAGAUGACAGCUCGCGCACAGGAAGUAAUAUCUCCGAGUCUAACCGCAGCAACCUCAGUCGCUCAGGUUCGCUACUUCGACAACUCCGCCCUGGAUUCGGCGUCGCCGUUGCCGCCGCACUUGCAGCAACCACCGAGGGCCGAGGAGGUAGCAGUAGUUCCAGCUCGGCACCUAGUUAUAAUACAGCAAGGAGUAGUUUUCCGGCGCUGCAGGCUGAGGGGCCAGGGCUACUACUAGGACGAGAUAAAGAAAGGGAAAAAGAAGAUCCAGAGGAUGAAUCCCCUGAGCCGGGGAGCCCGAGUAAGAACAAACCUCGGCGCAGCUGGUUCGGUAGCUUACGACGCGUCUUCACCGGUUCAGACUCUACUCCCUCAGGCGAUACAGACGAAGAAAGUCCAUUUCAAGCCGGCGUUGUCGAAACGAAUGACUUCGAGGCCCGCCUGAGUGGAAUAAGCGGUUUCGCAGCCGACGGCCUGUUGCGACGGAAAGGGGGUCGAGGGGCCUGGGAAUCCAGCGAGGCAGGUUCAAGCCAGGCAGCAGCUCGCUACGCGCCUCUUCACAGGGGAGAAGGCGAACAUCAUGACGACGAGGAAUGGGAUAUCGAGAAAGCUGUCGAGAAGAGACUCGUGCAGGUCAUGUUCACGGUGCCUAAGGAGCCCUUGAGGGUAGUCAAUGCCGAGCCGGACUUUGAAAGCGAGCGGGACGUGGUAAUGUUUGAUGCAGAAGAAGCCCGAAAGGAGAACAAACCAUGGGUUUCUGAACAGCAACAGCACAAUUUAUCACUGCCAGUGGAGCGCCCUAUACCUACUCCUAGCCCCUUGAGCGAAGAAGACAGAGAAGAAACUUCGGGCUCGAAAGAGGCGCUAAGGCGGGAGUUAGACGAAGAAUGGGAACGCAUCGAAGCAAGCGAUGCCCGCACACCAUCACCACGAACAUCGCCGCGGACGCCAGGGAACGAAUUCUCGCGCCGUCCGCCGCUGCUACAUUACCAACAACUCACAACAACAUCACCACCACGCAUAGAAACCGAGCUCGCACCCUCUACGCUAGAAGAGCAGAUGAACCGCCUCGGCAUAGAACUGCAGCAAGUGAGGAGUACGGCGGUGACGCCUGUAUCCAUGAUAUCGCACCAUAGUGAUGCGGACGUUUUGUCAGCUGAAGCGGUGCGGUUUGAGAGGCCUUCGGCGGGAAGUACGCAAAUCACGCCUAUCUUGGGGACGCCGGGAGUUGGGCGCAGCAGGUCUUCUAGCAAUGCCAAUCCCAAUACAAAUGCAAACGCAAAUCCUAUCAAGAGUACCACCACCGCCCCCGCUCUACCGAAUCCCAUUACCACUCCUACCGCCACGAAAUCACGGCCCUCCUCACCACAUAAACUACAAGACUUCAGGAGCGAGUCCAAUCUCCGCGCCUCGGUCGCAGGGGGUAAUUCUUCCAAUAGUAACGCACCCUCCACGCCUCGCCGCGUCCGCGCCAUGGUGCAGGAAUUCGAAAGCAAGAGUUCGCGCGAGACGAGUCCGGCCGGUUCAUCUAUGUCUACGCUAUCUACCAAAGGAGGUGCUCCGCUGAGAGGGUCCCCUUCGCCUUCGCCUACUCGUGUCAGGGGGAGGGAUAUACCUGUGAGAGGGAAGGGGAAUGCAGGGGGAUCGCCUACGAGGGGGGCGAGGUGA